AUGUCUGAUCCUACGCCAGAGGCGUCAAAUAAAGAGCUAUAUGAGGCGUUCUAUACUUCUUUCCAGGCCACGCGUGCCGACCUGGAGACUCGUCUGGAAGCGUUGAAGACGUCGAAGACGGACGCACGGGUUCAAGCUGUAACGCAAGACGUUGCCAAGCUGCGCAGGAGCCUUGUAGACAAUACCGCCCUCCUACCUUCGUACGACAAGCGGCAGUGCGAGCUUCAAAUGGGGCAAUUGGAAGCCACACUCGACUCUCUUCGCCCAGCUGCCGCUGCCAAGCCCAAGUUCGCAUUCAAACGCAAAGCCGCUGCCCCAAAGACCACGCCUACACCUGCUGCUCCGCCCGCGCUGGUAGAAGCAAAGCCGGAUACUACCACGACUUUCCGCGCAUUGUCCAACCACUCCUCCUCUAAGUUGACGUGGGCAGAUGUGCCGCCAUCACAGUCUGGUCAACACGAUCUGACGAUCGCCGAUUUGGACCACUGUCUAGUCGACCUUCUACCCCGCGAUGGUAGCGAGGAAAGACUGACGGCUUUGCACAUUCGCGACGUACGAGACAGCGUAUUACUGCUACCGGAAGUGGCUGGUAGUAUACUUUUGCUCAACAUGUAUCGAUCUAUCUUGGUCGUGGGAUGUCAUCAGUAUCGUAUGCACUCGUCCAAGAACGUCAGGGUCUUUCUGAACGUAUCAUCCAAUCCGGUCAUUGAGCACUGCUCCAAUGUCGCGUUUGGUGCUUAUCCGACCUCCCUCAACCCGUUCGCAGACAGCCAGACGGCGCCCACGAGCAAGCAUACAGACGUCCAAGACUUUUCACACAUCCGCGCGACCCCAUCGCCAAACUGGCGCCUAUUAGCGGAGACUGAGUUACCCGAGUGGUCAACUCUUCGCAAAACCUUCGAGGCGGAGGCAGUGACCUUGGCAUUGAGUUCGGCAUUGAGCUGGCUAAGGGAGUGA